AUGGUGGAGGGCAAGGCGCACAACCAGACGGUGGACGUGUGGCGCGUGCUCAUGUACGAGUUCCUCGUCGGCUCGCCGCCCUUCGAGGCGCAGGGCCACCAGGAGACGUACAAGAAGAUCUCGCGCGUCGACAUGCAGUUCCCUGAGCACGUCUCCCCGCUCGCGCGCGACCUGAUGACCAAGCUGCUCGUCAAGGAGCCGUCGCAGCGGCUGGCGCUGGGCGAGGUGCAAAACCACCCGUGGAUCAAGGCGAACUGCGGCGAGUAGACCGCAGCGGGCAGCGGGCAGCCGCGCCCGCACAGCAGCCGCGCCCGCAGGGCAGUUUGGACGCCCAGGCGGCGGCGUGCGUCGCCGCUGUGGGUUGGCGGCGGGCCGAGGGUGUCCGUCUCUAUUGAGCGCUCUCGCCACACGCGAGAGUGGUGGCGCGGGCGUCAAGUCGCCAGCUUCACCCCUUGUUUGGCGGGGUCUUUACCGGCAUGUGUCUGUAUGUGUAUCUGCUCCGACGCCAGCUCGACGCCGAGCGGUGGAGAGCUCCUCUGUGUAAGCGGGAGAGACGCGUGGAGAGAGGGGGAUUGCGAUUUGCGUGGGGGCUUCGUCACUCCUGAGCUGCGCCUCCGCCACUGUAACAAUCAACGAGUCA